AUGUUCGAAUCUACAGUGGGAUCAUUAUCACUUCGCAAAUUGGAAUAUUCACCUUCGGCGCCAUUCACCAACACAGUGAUCUUUCAAUCCAAUACUCAAGCAAACAGACCUGCUUCAGAACUGGAAGACAGACUUUAUAGGGUCAAUACAAAGGGCCAUAGCGAAAGAGAAGACUUAGAAAGCGAGGAAGAAUAUUUGAGUGCUACAGGAGAGAUUGAUGAUGAAAUGGGCGAGCUCUCCGACUCACGAUCAUCUAUUCGCACGUCUUCGAGACCUGUAACGCCGUCUCACCCAUCCACAUCAGUCAAUAUCCCCACUGCUCUCCGAUCGACUUCCCCCGAAGGGAUAUACACUUUAUCUCAUAAAGCGGAACGGUUACUUGGGCUAGUCAACGGAAGUCUGGAGCAUGCAAGGGCAUGUCUGGAAAAUGCACGAGACGAGAUUCGUCGUACGGCAGAUACAAAGUCUCCCACUCCAGAACCAUACUCUGCGCCAUCUUAUCAACAACCACAGGGAGGUAGAAAAGAUAAGAUGACCAUUAGGGCAAAAAAGGCGAUGUCCUAUACGGGCUUCCCAGGUUACAAGUUUAAUGGGAAAGUGCCAAACGUCGUUCUGGGUAUUAACGGUAGUAAAGAGGAAGAAGAUAUCAGGGAUAGAAGGAGAAAAGCUGCCGAUGGUGUUAUCUACUGGCAAAGAGAAGUCGAGAGAUUGGAUAGGGAAGAAAAGGACUUACAGGAGAGGAACAAGAAAAGGUAA